AUGGAAAUGACAAUGGACAGUUCACCUUCUCUGCAAUUCCCGAAAUUCGAGGCGCAGCUGAGCAAUGGCAGUGUUUUGGAUAGGGUAACCCCCGACAUGGCACACCUCGUCAACCCCUAUUGGAGUAAAUUCCCACCAAUGGAUUCGACAAUGAGUCAAAUUUUAGGUAUUUUCACAUUGGCUCUGCUACUUAUCUCCGCGUGCGGCAAUGGCGUUGUGGUCUACAUAUUUGGCGGCACCAAAUCGCUGCGCACACCCGCUAAUCUGCUCGUGUUGAACCUGGCAUUCUCCGACUUUUGCAUGAUGGUCUCACAGGCGCCGGUCAUGAUCAUCAAUUUCUAUUACGAGACCUGGAUACUAGGACCGCUAUGGUGCGACAUUUAUGCCAUCUGCGGCUCGAUGUUCGGCUGCGUAUCCAUUUGGUCGAUGUGCAUGAUUGCGCUAGACCGUUAUAAUGUUAUUGUGAAGGGCGUUUCAGGGCGACCAAUGACGAUUAAAUUGGCGUUGAUGAAAAUCAUUGCCAUUUGGUUGUUUGCGACAUUUUGGACACUGGCACCGUUAAUGGGCUGGAGCAGAUAUGUGCCCGAAGGUAAUUUAACCGCCUGCUCCAUCGAUUAUAUGACACGCGAUUGGAAUCCACGCUCUUACCUGCUCACCUACUCCCUCCUCGUCUACUUUACGCCGCUCUUUCUCAUUUGUUAUUCCUACUGGUUCAUCAUUGCGGCUGUGGCCGCGCAUGAGAAGGCAAUGCGAGAGCAGGCGAAAAAGAUGAACGUCAAGUCGUUGCGCUCCUCGGAGGAUUGUGAGAAAAGCGCCGAAGCGAAAUUGGCCAAGGUGGCAUUGACCACAAUCUCAUUGUGGUUUAUGGCAUGGACACCUUACUUAAUUAUCUGCUAUUGCGGGCUCUUCGAGGUGGAAGGUCUGACGCCGUUGAAUACUAUUUGGGGUGCAACAUUCGCCAAGACCAGCGCGGUUUAUAAUCCGAUUGUGUACGGUAUCAGUCAUCCCAAAUACCGUUUGGUUUUGAAGGAGAAGUGUCCGUGUUGCGUAUUCGGUUCGACUGAGGAGCCCAAGCCGGACGCGCCAGCAGCGGAAAGUCAGGGCACAACCGAGGCUGAAUCAAAUGCUUAGCGGGUAGAGACAAAUUUCUCUAUUAUAAUAAUAUUUACCGAUUAAAUAGUUCCUGGACUUUUUGAAU